AUGGGGGGAAAAGAGAUAAAUAAAACGGGUGGAGAAAAGAAGUGUUGGGAGUACCAUCGCAGGAGUUUUUCAAAAGAAAAAAGGGAGCAAAAAGUAAUUUGUGUUGAUUUACACGUGGUGGUUUCCUUUCUUCUGUACCUGUCCUGUUCUUUUCUUCCCCAUUUUAACUUUUUCACCCCUAUUUGUUCAUUCCUUUCGCCGACGCCAAAAGUUGUUGGACGUAACAAAUAUCUUCCCCUCCCCCCCCCUUCCUCUUCACCUCUCACCCCCCCCCCCCAAUCCCUUGUUCGCUACUUCUCUUAUUGGUGA